UUUACUUAUGAUGUUUUGUACUUUUGCUUACUGUUUGUUGGACUGUUUGGCUUGACAUGUUUUUAUGUUUGCAUUCCUUUGCAAUUUGUUGCAGUUGUUUAUAUUGGCUUUUUUUGGUUCUUGAAAUGCAAUUAGGAUCUGCUUGAACCCUAUGAGAAAUAUAACAAUGUUCAUUCUUCUUUAAUUCUGUUUGUUUCACUGUUUGUACAAAUGCACCACAAGAUUUUACACAGUGUGUUGUAACUCAUUAUUUGGUCAAGUUUCAAUCUUUGGAGUAAUUAUUGGUAAAGAUUGUUUCUUCUGGUUGAAGGAGAGCUUUGGAGUAACGGUAAAGUUGUCUCCGUUUGACGGUCUCGGGUUUGAGCGUGGAAUCAGCCACUGUUGCUUGCAUUAGGGCCGACUGGCUACGUCACAUCCCUUUGGGUGCGGCCCUUCCCGGACCCUGCAUAAACGCGGGAUGCUUCGAAUUGUUUCUUUUGGUUCAUGCCUAAAAAUUCUUUUGCAUCAACUGUUUGUGUCUCUUCCAGCUAUUGGGAAGAGCAAAGAACUUGCACCUCAAGAUUUUUCUAGAAGUUCUAAUAUAUCUCUAUGGAUAUUUCCCGAAAUUCGAAUUGGAGUGUUACAAAAGCUGGUGGAUUUUGGUUUGUUUGUAUAACCUUAUUUACACAGUGGAAGGUGAAAGAAUAAAGUUCAUUUAUCUGCCUUCUAAUGUUUAACCAUCUUGGAGGUGGAAUAUGGAAAACCGAAACAUGGACAAACCUUCUAAUAGAGAAGGUUUAUCGCACUUUGUGAACAAGGAAGAACAAGCAGAGGAAAAAAGUUUGUCAAUAAAAGAGUCGGAACCAUACCACCUACUUAGACUUGGAAAUCCACAUUUUACUGAAAACUGCACUCAGAAGUUGUUCUUUCAUACUUCUCUUGGCUUACAAAAUAAGCUUCCGAAGCAUAUAAUAAGUUUCGAUGAAAGAUACUUCCUUCGCUGCCUUGAAUUGAUACAUAUCCAUUCCUUAAGAGUAGACACAUGCAAUUUCUCUUCAAAAAUGCAAAAUUUAUCAAAGAGUCUAGGUUCAAGAGAGAUUAGCAAUGAGAAUAUCUGCGCUAAUGGCAAUCUGGCGAUUGAAUGUCCUCAAGCUGCGGGGGCUGAGAGCUAUGUCGCGGACUCUUCUGGAGAGUGGAUUCUAGGUGCAAUAACUGGUAGUAAGAGUAUGCUGAACAUUUUAAACAGUCCUUUACUUAACCAAUUGGGCUCCGUAAACUGUACUGUUGAUUCUGGGAAGGAAAAUAUACAUGAUAGUGAAGAAGUAGUGUUUUCUGAUUUCAUGAGCUCUCCCGGUGGUUUUAGUGUCAGUUCAUUGGAGAAGCAACAGAAGGAGAUGACAGUUCCGGAAUAUCACAGAAGGGCUCUUUCUGUAUCUAGUACAACUUCGACAUGCUCAGACCAAUCUUUUCUUUCGGCAGCUGCCCCUAUUUCUCAAGGAAUGCUCCAGAGGAGAUGGAAAAACGGUUUACCACAUUAUGUCUUUUCCGUAGAUGGUACAAAGGAUGUUUAUACAGCUGAUUUGCUGAAGAUUGACUCACCUGAUGAUAAGUUUCUGGAUUAUGUUUACACAUUUCAUUCACGACAAGGAGGUAAAAAGGAACGUGCCUUCUCUGCAAGGGAAUCACAUCUUAUAGGUAAAAUGACGGUGUCAACUUCAGUUACCCUUGGCUCAACCAAGUCGGAGCUUAUGGAAACCCGAUUUGUUGUGUUUGGUUCAAUGGAUGAAUAUAUGGAUGAGAUACAAACAAGUCAUGUCCUCAGGAAAAACAAAAGAUUGGCAAAGAAAGUAACCGAUGUGUUCAGGACUAGUCAGUCUUACAAGCAGAGAAGCUUGUCCAAGUUCGGGGGAACAAGUGCCAUUCUUGAAGAUUCUUGUUGGAUGCCAUCCAUAGAUAUGUAUGAUGAUUACUAUUCAUGCGGCAACGCUCUUUUAGAUCAACAAAUUCCGCCAAAUUUCGAGUUGGCUGCCAUUGUUACGAGAGAUUGUAUUUAUGACAGCUCUAAGGAGGCAGAGACGGGUGGCUGGGGUUUGAAGUUUCUCAAGAAACCCCCGACUGGAAGUAAAACUGCAACUCCUGGGACGCCAGUGGAGUGUUGUACGCGUGGCACCAGUGAAUGCUCAACAAGCAUGGAUGUUAUAGUUCCUUCCGGUUUUCAUGGUGGACCGAGAAGCAGAAAUGCUGGGCCAUCAAGCCUGUUGGAGCGGUGGAGCUCCGGUGGGCAUUGUGAUUGUGGAGGCUGGGAUGUCGGAUGCCCCCUCACAGUGCUAAAAACUGGAGCUGAAGCUUCAUCACAAAUUACAUCUGGAGAAUGUCAAACUUUUGAUCUCUAUAUACAGGGUUCAAAACAAAGUGCACCAGUCAUGAAAAUGGCGAACAUCCACGAUGGUUUGUAUUACAUCCAUUUUCAUUCCACUCUAUCAGCUUUGCAGUCGUUUGCCAUAGCUGCCGCUUUCAUUCAUAGACAUAGUCCUUUCCUACGACCGAAACUGUACAGGAAGUGAAGUAAGUGAACCAAAGGAUGAUAUGUGUUGUUAUAGUUUUCUACUUUAAAAUGAAGUCAGACAAAUUGACUGCUAGAAAUGGUUCAAAGAUAUAACAUCUGAUUUUCUUUCAUGUUAUAUUUAUUUAUCUUAGCAGGCAGAUUAUUAGAUAGGAAAUUCGUUAGCUCAAGUUAUUAUUUUGUUACUGUAAUGAAUGAUACACUUUAGAAGCAGUAGUCAGUGUAUAAAUUGUCAAUGGGAUGGGGGAAUCCUUUUGUACUGUAACAGUUGAUUAAGUGACUGAAACAUAUUCAGUUUUGAUUGGUUUGUUCCUUUAGUCUUUAAUGCAAUUUUCAGGUAUCAAUUGAAACUUUA